GUAACCAAAUGGGAAAGGGGAAGGAGCCCAAGUCAUUCUGAGCUUCCCCUACAGCCUUUAAAUGCCUAUUAUUUAUUUAUUUAUUUAUUAUUAUUACUCUUUGUUUCCGGUUCCGCUCCUUCUCGUCGUCUGAUUCUCAUAAUUUCAAUUGAAGAGGGGGGAAGGAAGGAGAAGCUGAGCAAAAUUCAGUCAUUCUUUCAAAAACCCAGAAUUCCAAGAUGAAUAGAGAAAAAGCCCUAGUCCACUUUUCCCUUCCUCUAUCCUCUUUCUAGAGCGACCCGAGCAAAACCCUAAUUUUCCCUCUGUUUGUCUGCUUCGCCAUCCUCUGGGUCUCUUUCUCACCGCCAUUGGAGCUUCGAGAUCUUUGUUCCUCUGUUUCUUUUCUUUCCUAUAUAUUAUAUAGCUUUGUAUUCAUUUUUAUUUUCUGGUUCAGAUUUUAUUACUUUUUUGUUUUUUCUUUUUUUUUUCGUGUGGGUUUUUUGGGAAAUGGAAGGUAAUGCGGGGCCUCCUGCUCCUCGAACAGUUGAAGAGGUUUACAGGGAUUUCAGAGGCAGACGCGCUGGGAUGAUCAAGGCUCUUACUACUGAAGUGGACAAGUUCUAUCAGCAAUGUGAUCCUGAGAAGGAGAAUUUGUGUCUGUAUGGAUUUCCAAAUGAAACUUGGGAAGUUAACCUUCCUGCUGAGGAGGUACCUCCUGAACUUCCUGAGCCAGCAUUGGGGAUAAAUUUUGCUAGGGAUGGGAUGCAAGAGAAGGAUUGGUUAUCCCUAGUUGCAGUUCACAGUGAUGCAUGGUUGCUUGCUGUUGCAUUCUAUUUUGGAGCACGCUUUGGAUUUGACAAGAAUGAUAGGAAGAGGCUCUUCCAAAUGAUGAAUGACCUGCCAACGAUAUUUGAAGUUGUGACCGGGGUUGCCAAGAAGCAACCAAGAGAAAAAUCGGCUGCCACCCCCAACAGCAGUAGCAAAAAUAAAUCUGUUGGGAAGAUGCAACCCCGGCAAUCUGAAUCACAGUCAAAAGUUUCGAAGAUGCCUCCAGCCCCAAAAGAUGAGGAUGAAAGCGGUGAAGAAGAGGAUGAUGAACAAGGGGCUACACUCUGUGGAGCCUGUGGGGACAACUAUGCCAAUGAUGAAUUCUGGAUCUGCUGUGACGUGUGCGAGAGAUGGUUUCAUGGAAAAUGUGUGAAGAUCACUCCUGCAAGGGCUGAACAUAUCAAGCAAUAUAAGUGCCCAGCUUGCAGCAACAAGAGGGCAAGAGCCUAAAAUGUAGGACUCAAACAUUUAGGAACAUCAAUGAUCAAACAAGACAAGAAUACGUCCAAAAGUUUGGGGGAUGGUAUCAAAGUGGAAGCAAGUCAAAUGACUAAUAGAAUUAAUGAAUUGACCAGUGGGUCGUAAGCCGUUGGGAUUUCAGUUUUGAGACCUAGUUUUCUUUCAUGUUUGGGUCCAAUAUUCUUGGGAAGCAUGUUGGUGUUUGUUAAGUGUCAACAGCAACUAGAUUUAAUAUCGUUAUAGGUGCUUUCAGUAAUCAGUACUUUUCUUGGCAUUCUCUCCUAAAUCCUAAUACAUAUUUCCCAUUUCCCUAGUACUAGUUUGUUUGUCUAAGCAUUCUGAUUUUACAGGUAUUAAACCAAAAGUUGCUCAUUAGAUGGGUUGUUAGUUCA